GCGAGGCUCUGGAGCUGUGAGGAAACAAGAGAGAUUUUCCCCAGUGUUCAUUAAACUCUGGUUUCCUGAAACAACAGAUUUUCAGAAGUGCAUCCCUGUCACUCGGAGAGCAUCUUCAAAGGCGUUUGUAAACAGACCGACUGGCAGGAGGCCGAACAUCCUGCUCACUCCCAAACUGUUCUACAUUACCAGAUUUGUCACAAUGGCAACAAAACCCGAGGCCUGGCAGCAGCAGGGUCCCAUCAACUCAAUAGACAAGCAGCCGGUCAAUGAGUCCUGGGUGCAUGGUGAAGUGGGCUCCACCGGUGGCCUCCACAGCUCCCCUCUGCAAGAGAAAAGAGCUCCCAGGGCAGAACCCGAAGAGGACAUAGAUGACCUGGAGCUUGGAGCUCAAGGCCAAACUCUGCAGGAGAACCAAACUCUGUCGGGAAUUCAAACAGGGGAUGCAACCGACUUGGAAAAUCAAGAAUCAACAACCACCAGGGAAACCCUAGAAACUGUGACAGAGGAAGAAUCAGAAUUAUCCCAGGCUGAGGAGGAAUCAGAAAAUUCGGCUGACGUAUGUGAGGAUGCUUUCCCACCCCCACCUCCUCUCCUCAUUGCCUCAUCAACGGAUGAAUGCUUGGAGGCUGAGGGGUUUCCCAGUCUAGCGGACGAGGUUUCUGAGUGGAUCAGUGAUGCUAAGAUUAUCCCGGACCCUGCAGAAGACCUAAUUUCUCCUGAUAACGAAUGGGCCCUGACAACUCAGCUCACUGAGCUAGUUUAUCAUGAGGUAGAGUCAAUAUCCAAGGAGAUGACAGCAGACGCUAUGGCAGCGGAGGAGAAUGACACACAGCUGCACUUUUCACCUGAUGCUUCUGACAACAGUGAGCCUGGAAAUAAUAUAUCUGUGUCUGCUCAGCACUCUUCCUCUGACAGUAACAACUCCGAUGAUGUACGCUCUCCUCCUUUCGCUGAUGAAAGUGAGGAAGAAGAGGAAGUUAGCAUGGAUAUUGCUUCUUGCCAGCAGGAAUGGAGUACACUAGAUAUCAGAGCCAAGCUUCUCAGACCCUCAUACUCCAGUGCCGAUGGCCCAACAUCCCCGCCUGCAGUUCCCUCAGCCAAACAGCAGGGAGAGCUGUUGCGUCAAUGCCAAAGUGCACUUGUACCCAAGAGAGCAAACCAGGAAGCUACACAACAGGUGCAAGGCCGGAGCUCUCCACCUUUGUCGACCGUUGCCAUGGAGCCAUCCAAUCAGGGUGGGGCAGCCUCUCAAGGCUCUGGGUGUAUUGGAGCUGGGAGAGAGAGGCACAGCGGGGCGGGCAGAAGCACAGAGGGAGAAUGCAAGCAAACAGGUGAGGAGGAAGGGCAGAAAGAGAGUGAACCUGACAGGAGCAGGGCAGAAGGGCAACACAGCGCAGGACAGCUAAGAUCGGUCCAACGACAGGAGCGAUACAUGAAGGGAUAUUUUGACCAAGGGGUGAAUUGUAAACACAGUGAACAAGACAGAAUGGAGAGCGACUGUUGUGAUGACAGCCAGAGCGACAGUGGAGUAUCAGCGGACUUCUCCCCAGGCAGCACUUUGGGGGGCAACACCCCCAUCUCCACGGGGAAUCCAGCAUCCAAAGAGACUCCCAUUGAGAGAGAGAUCCGACGUACUAUAGAGCGUGAACACAGCCUGAGAAGGUCCAGAGGACUUCCAAAUCCCCCCACUUCUCCAGAGUAUGUGGAGAUUCCUUCAAGGAAAAAUAUUCUCUCUGAGCCGCUCAAUAUUAAGUCUGAGAGUAGUCAAGGCAAAGACAAGCAGUUUGCGGGCAAGAAGAUGCAGCAGGAGAUCCAUGAGGAGACCAAGAGAGAACAGGACCUGGUCCAGCUUGGGAAAGUUCCGGGUUUCUACGACAAAGGCACAGUUCGCCAACUCAAAGACAAGAAACAGCUUUUUGAGGCCUUUCAGCAACCCAGUGACUCGACUUUAUCCGUCUCGACCAGGAGUAAAACCACGUCCUGGUCCUCAUUCGGUGACGUCUCAACCUUGGAGGAGAACCAGGAGGAUACCUUGUCACAGACAUCCACCAUAGGAGCCUUGUAUGUGGAGAGGAGACAAAACACAGACGUGCUCAGUCCCCCAGCGAGCCCUUACUCAGCCAAAGGAAGAUAUUCAACCUACUCAACCCCUUCAGUACUGGGGUUCUCCAAGGAGACAGAUCACCAGGUCAUCAGCAUGGAGAAUAACCUGAGUGUCCCUGCUCAGAAGCUCUACCACGCCAAACUUGAGGUAGAGCCUGUCACCACAGUCAACUCUGGAGAUCCAAACAUCUCAUCGCAAGGGACAGGAACAAGUGGUGGGAUUAUCGAGGAGGAGGAGGAGGAGGAGGAGGAGGAGGAGGUGGCCCUCAAGGAUAAUCCCUUCUUCAAGCUGCGCUCCUCAACAAAUGUAGCCAAAGUGGAGCAGGAUAUCCAGGAGACUCAAGAGAGGGAGAAGGAGCUCCGUAAGCAGAGGAAGAGUCUGUAUGGGGGAGCACGGGGUGUACAAGUAGGAGGAGAAACGAUUCCCACAAUGUCUUCCACCUCUCUGAACGGUCCAGCUGUUCCUGACAUACCUGACUCCCCACCCAGGUGGAGGAACGGACCCUCAGCAGCACAACAGUCAGCUGGCAAGGUGAGCAUAUGGCUGCCGGCCCAGGCUGAAGAGGGGAGGACUGCUCAGCAAGAGGUCCCCUGCAGUCCCCGGUCCCCCAGACAGAAGACCCCUCUAGUGCAGCGAUGGGAGUCCGGCCUGAUCAAUGGACACAACGAGGGAGACGACUGAGGAGACACUGACAGAGCCAAAUGAGCGAGGGAGGAAGGUUUACAAAGGAGGGCUGAAAGGCUGUGAUAAAAGAGGAGUGCCUUAUACGGAGAGCGGGAACAGACUAGAGGAGGGAGCGGUGAUGAAGAGGAGGAGAGAGAGAAAGAAUGAGGGGGACAGAAAGAGGUCAGGGAUUUGGGAUUGAAAGGGGGUCGGGUGGAUUGGGAGCACGGGGAAGGAUCGGUGGUGGACUGAAAAACCCCAAAGAGUUCUUCAGCAAGGAGGAGAGGAUAAGGAGGAAGGAGGGGAACCUGUUAGUGGAAAAGCACUCGGCCUCCUUCUUGUGCUGGAAACUCUGAGACUAAUGAACUUAAAAUGGGAAGAAAAAGUAAUACUGUACUGCAGAAAAGAAAAAUGUAAAUGUAGUAAGAAUGGGAUUUUAAUGAACUUCCUAACCGUUGGAUUUUUGGAAUAAUAAUGAUUUAUAUUUGACGAUGAACAUUGAUAAAGUAGUUUAGCGUCUGAUACUGAAAAGAGCUUGAUAAAACAACUUGUCAUUCACAGUUUUGUGCUUUUAUUAAUGAUGUGGUUCUCUGAGUUACCAGUUUAAUACACUUGUGUAUUGGCAAUGUAAUAAAUCCGACCGCUGUGCUUUUAAGUAUUUUUGAUUGGUCAACUUUGCUGUAAUUGAGGAGGUUGCGUUAUAGCUGUGUGGUUGUAUUAACUGAAUUAUCAAGAUGUCUUUCAGAUAUAAGUAAAUACAUGAAGAGAAAGAGUAAAACAACUCUAAACUAAUGGCACUCAGUAAAGUGUAGACCUUUGUCAAGUCCCUUUAUGAAACACCUUUUAAAUUAAAAAGAUCUGGAUUUUUUAUUGGAUCUGCACCAAAUUGCACAAACUCCUAUAUGUCGUUCCCCUAAACAUGAUUCAACAUGAUUAAUUAUUCUCAGAUAAAUUAACAAACAUGUUGGAAAAACACCCAAUCUCCCAAUCAUAAAGAAAAUGUAAUGGAUUGGUCUCCACAAAAUGUCAUAGAAAUGGAUUAUGUAGUUUUUGUGUAAUCCUGAUAACAAACAAACAAAUGGAGACACAAAAAUAACUUGGCAGAGGUAACAAUUAAAUGAGCCACAGUCAUAAAAAUGAAAAAACAACCCAACUUAAGAUUUUUUUUUUUUUGAUCACUUUGUCUUUUCAGAAUAAACUGGUAACUCGGUGCAGAUACUGCACAGGUCUUAGUAUCAACAGCUUCUCCUUCUGUUAUUUCAUGCCUCACAACUUAAAGCUGGGUCAAAGAGUAUGAGGAAACAUUCUGCUGGAUGCAGAUCUGAUUAAUACCAUACAACGCAAACCUAAUGAAUAGCUGCUCUGCUGUGGGAUAUCUAACAUGGUGCAAUAAAUGAAGUACUUUGGAAAGGAACUUGAUACACAUAUAAAAAACUGUCCCCUGUAUUUAUUUAUACAAAGUUAAUAUGUUCAGUGUUAUUCGACUAUUAUAAUAAAACAAGAUUACAAUUGUUGGCUA